AUGAUACUGAAGCCUCCAAAAGGAACAGAUCCGUUGGCCGUGCCACCAGAGACCGAGGGAGGGAGCUGGACUAAGCCAGCAGCAGCAGCAGCAGCUGCAGCUGCAGCGACAGCUGGAGCAGCAGCUGCUGCAGCACCAGCUGCAGCUGCAGCAGCAGCUUCUACCAAUAGAGGCUUGGCGUUUCUAAUGCGUUUGCAGGGAACAGGUGAAAGGGCCUUGAAGCGGCCGCAGAAGCAGCAGCUGCUGCAGAAGCAGCAGCAGCUGCCGCUGCAGCGGCUGCUGCAGCAGCGGCGGGGCCACCCAAAACAACAGAAGCUGCAACACUUGCAAACCGACGAGCAACAGCAGCGGCAGCAGCAACAGUUGCAGCAGCAGCAGGAACAGCAGCAGCAACCGCAGCAGCACGCGAAGCACACAGGACAGGAAAAGAAUGAGCCCAGCAAAAUGCAAACUGGAUUAGCUGCCUCUAAAACGCUGCCCAGCAGCAGCAGAACCUCCACAGGAGCUGCGGACAACGGCAACAGAUGCAGCAGCAUUGACAGCAGCAGCAGGAGCAGCAGAAGCAGCAGGAGCAGCAGAAGCAGCAGAAGCAGCAGCCACUCUAUUAAUCAUCGACGUGGCUCCUCAUGCCAAAAGCAUGAUCUUGAUUCAGGCAAGGGCAGCAGAAACUGCAACAGCAGCAAGAGAAGCAGUAGCAGCAAGAGCAGCAGCAGCAGCAGCAGCAGCAGCAACGACAGCAGCGGCAGCCGCAACGCCAGCAGCAGCCGGCAGGAACCCGGCUUGCUAGUGCCUUUUGCUGUGUCAGAAAACGAUGCUGCUUCUGGUGCAGCAGCUGCUGCGCUGCCGCUGCCGUCAGCAGCAGCAGCUGUAGCAGCAGCACCAGCUACUGCUGCUACAGAGCCAAUACCACAUCAGACUGCCUCCAGCCUAAGAUGGCAUAGCGGCAGCGGCAGCAGCAGCAGCAGCAGCAGCAGACGCAGACACAGCCACAGCAGCGAAAGCAGCAGCAACGGUACCAGAAACCGCAACAGCACCAGCCGCAGCAGCAGCAGCAACAACAGCAGAAUGGCAGCAAAGCUAAGUGAGGACUUUAGGGUGUCUAGACACCUAACAGCAAGUGAAAACUUUAAUAAAAGUACCUGGGGGCCCCCCUGUGGGGCCCCACACAGAGAGAGUCGCCCUGCAGAAAGGGGGGCCCCCAGAGCUGGCAAAGCGAUGCUGCUGCCAACAGCAGCAACUGCAGCAGCAACUGCAGCAGCAACUGCAGCAGCAACUGCAGCAGCAACUGCAGGAGCAAAACACGAGUUAAAAAGCAGAGCUGCAGAAGCUGCAGCAAAACUAGGCACGACACGGACUGAAAAGCAACCAGCGAUAGCGGAGAAACGGCAGCAGCAGCCGCAGCAGCAGCCGCAGCAGCAACAGCAGCAGCAACAGCAGCAGCAGCAGCAGCAUAUGCUACGGAAAACUGCCGACGCGAAUGCUCUCAACUGCUGCUGCUAUGACCCUAAAGAAAAUGCUGUAGGAGAAUUUUUUCCUUCCAGUCUUUCUUUGGGUUCCCCUACAGCAGCAAAGGCAGCAGCAGCAGCAGCAGCAGCAGCAGCAGCACCUCCAUCUCGCGUCGCACAAAGAGGCAGCGCAAAUUUUGGCCUGUUGGGCCCCUUGGAUGAGGAGGCCUCUGCCUUAUCAAAUGGGAAAUGCUCCAAAAUUUCAAACACUGCAGCAGCCGCAGCAGCUGCUGCUGCUGCAGCAGCAGCAGCAGCAGAGGGACACAAUGGGAAGCCGCGACCUCCACCGACGCAAAACAGCGUAAAAGACUUUUGCUGGGACUGCAGCAGCAGCAGCACCAGCAGCAGCAAAAGCAGCUGGAAACGUUUAGCAGCACCAGAAGAGGCUCUGUGGAAUGCCUCUUACUGCGCUGCUGCUGUAGCGGCCGCAGCGGAACAGCAGCAGCAGCAGCAGCAGGAACUUACGCCAUCUGACAUCACCAAUGGCUGCUCUGGUCACUUGCUGCAGCAGCUGCAGCAGCGCACAACCACAGCAGCAGCAGCAGCACCUGCAGCAAAGCCGCAGCAAAUCAGCACAACACAGUUUCUUAACGGCUGCGACAUAUUUGGAGAAAAUAAAGUCAAAGAAGCGGUAUCAGGCGCAGCAGCAGCAGCAGCAGCAGCAGUGGCAGCUGAAAAAGCAGCAGCAGCUGAAGUUGCAGCAGCAACAGCAGAGGCACCAGAGGCACAUCAACAACUGGACCACAACAGCUUCACUGGCUGGGAGGCAGUGGCAGCAAAAUGGACGGCAGCCGCAGUACAGCAACAGCAGCAACAGCAGCAGCAGCAGCAGCAGCAGCAACUGCAGGCGCCUUCUCUCUUUGCUGCAGCAGCAAACUCACCACGGAUGCUCGGGGCCCCAGUGGCGCCGCUGCAGCACCCGGGGCCCUUUCAGCUGUACGUGCACCAGCUGCUUCAGCAGCAGCAGCAACAGCAGCAGCGACAUUUCAGUCAGCAGCAGCGGCAGCAGCAGGGACAGCAGCAGCAGCAGCCGCCGCAACCCACGCAAAACCAUUGGCGAGUAUUCCCCUCAACGCAGCAGCAAGAGGCCUCACAGAGGGCCCCUCGUUACUGUUUCUUGGGGCCCCCCUUGGGGGCCCCUUUGGGGGCCCCUGUGGGGGCCCCCUUGGGGGCCCCCGUGGGGUGCCCUGUGGGGGCCCCUGUGGGGGCCCCUCUGGGGGCCCCUAUUGGGGCCCCUCUUGAGGCCCGCCUGGGGACCCCUUCAGGGGCCCCGAGCACUUCGCAUUUGUCUGCUGCCUCUGGCGCUUUGCUGCCAGGUGCAGCAGCAGCUAGGGGCCUCCAAACAUCCUUCAGAAGCAGCAAAAGCAGCAGCAGCAGCAGCAGCAGCAGAGGGGGGCCCACAGUGCCGCGGGGGCAGCGCAGAAGGGCGUUGUGUAUAGGGUGUCUUUACGAGGGAACAUUCUGCACGCUUAAGGGAGCUGCAGCAGACGCACGGCGUUGGGCUUCGAUUGCCUCUGAGCAUCUUGGCUUUACAGAAGUCCGGACCCUAUGUGAUGCUGAACCCCACCUUAUCCGUAACUACGCAGUCUCUUCUCAUCCUCCGACCUACGAAAACAUUAUGCGGGGACUGCAGUGGCUGGUGGAGGACGCAGCAGCAGGAGAUGUGCUGCUGCUGUUCUUUUCCGGCUGCAGCAGCUGCUUGGUUGCUGCUGAGCAGCUGGAGGGCCCCUGCACUGUGUUCAGUUUUGCUGUGUUCUGGACUGCGGAUUUGGCUGUCGUCUGCUGCCCAUCGGCAGCUUCUUCUCUGUCUCCAACGACGACAAACUGUGCGUCAGCCUCAGCCGGCCCCUUGCACUUAGUCCCCCGUGGAUGUAUGAGCAGCAGCAGCAGCAGCAGCAGCAGCAGAGAGGGAGAGCCACGGCUUCGAAGUUCGCGGGCAUUAUACGCGUUCCCAGCAGCGUGCAGCAGCAGCAACAGCAGCAGCAAGAGGAGCAGCAGCGGCUUUCCCUUUCACGUCGUGCAGCAGCAGCAACAGCAGCAGCAAGAGGAGCAGCAGCGGCUUUCCCUUUCACGUAGGUCCCGCGGCUCCGCUGCCUUUUGCCUUUCUCUCGGCGACGGCGAAGCCAAAGAAAUCCAGCGCAGCGGCAGAGACGAAGCACCCCCCAGCGAAGUUUGCUUCCUCCGCCAUGGAAGAGCUGAAGCUCCUGCUGCAGCAGCAGAAGUAAGUGCAGCGCAGCUGCUUUCAGUGCAUCACAAAAGAGCAGCAGCAGCUAAAGCCAGAGAAGCAGCAGCAAGCAAGGGGCCCCGCAGCCUUACCUGGGGGGCCGCCCCCCCUCUUAGGGGCCCUAUUUGCACACUAGCUGCCCAACCGCCUCACGCUGCAGCAGCAGCAGAAGCAGCAGCAGCAGAAGCAGCAGCAGCAGCAGCAGCAGCAAGAAGGGACCCCUCCGUGAGGCCCCUGUACAGCAACGCCGCAGCAACAAUUGACCAUCAGGGGGCCCCUAAAGAGGAAGGGGCCCCCACUUUCAGGGGGCCCCCCUCUAUUGGGGGGCCCCCCUCUAUAGGGGGGCCCCCCUCUAUUGGGGGGCCCCCCUCUAUAGGGGGGCCCCCCUCUAUUGGGGGGCCCCCCUCUAUUGGGGGGCCCCCUUGGGGGGCCCCCCCAUUAGAGGGUACUGCUGAUGCCUUUAGUUUAAGGAGAGGCAGCAUUUGUUCUUUGGCCUCCUUAGCAACACAGUCUGCUGCAGCAGGAGGGGCCCCCUCCGCAGCAACAGAAGCAGCGGCAGCAGCAGCAGCAGCAGCAGCAGCAGCAAGUGCCAACCCAAUGGACCCCUUGCUGCUGCUGUCUCCAGCAUCUGCUGCGCAGCUAAAAGAAAGCCGCAGCUUUCAGGUGUACGUACACUCCGUGACAGACCUCAAUGCAGCACAAGUGAGGGGGCGGCAGCUGCAGGUGCGCCUUGCUGCAGUGCAGCAGCAGCAGCAGCAGCAGCAGCAGCAGCGGCAGCAGCAGCAACUGCGGCCAGGAGCGGUGGUGAUGGAGGACGGGGAGGAGGAGAUGAGCCGCGCUGCUGCUGCGUUGCUGCAGUCUGCUGCUGCGAGUCGCAGCAGCAGCACAGCUGCUGCUGCUGCUGUGACCAAUGGUCUUUGCUGCUUGCCUGUUCAGCAGGUGCUGCAGUGCUGCCUUCCUGCAGAAACGGUAGGCAGUCCGGCUGCUGCUGUGCCUGCUGCUGCUGUGCCUGCUGCUGCUGUGCCUGCUGCUGCUGUGCCUGCUGCUGCUGUGCCUGCUGCUGCCUCGGCCGCUACUAAUGCUGCUGUUGAUGCAACCGCUGUUAAUGCUGCUGCUGUUCCUUCCAGUGCUGUUGCUGCCAAUGCUGCUGCCGUUGUGCUGUUGCUGCUGCUGCUGCUGUUCUUGCUAAUCCUGCUGCAUCUGCUGCUGCUGCUGCUGCUGCUACUAAGGCUGCAGCAGGCCUUUCUUGCGAGGAUAAAUGUCUGA